AUGUCGGAGCAGAGAAAGAAGCCGGGGAAGGCGCCUGGGGGCUCCCUUGCUACGGGCGGGACGACUUCUGCGGCCGCAUCAGGCCAGACUACCCCUGUGUCUGCUUCAAAGCCAGUCACCGAUAUCUACCGACCAUUGGCUGCUGCUAUCCAGCGCCCCCUCGCUCGCUUACUACCCGCCUCAUCCACUCCUCUUCCUACGACCGUAGCCGAUAUCUUCGAGCUCGACCCGUCCACAUUCACCUCCCGCCUCAAAAACAAAAACAUCCUCCUUGACACUCCCUUUGCUUUGGCAGGCCAACCGUCCAAGCUCAUCCAGGGAAAGAAGCUGCAUAAGGGCCAUCCGGAGAUCCGGGGAAAGGUUCGGGAGGAGGCGGAGUAUGUUGAAGCUGAGCGGAAGGCGGAUGGGGUUGAGGGGGUGAGGCGAGUCAAGCGGAAGUUGAGGGAGACGGGGUGUGUGAUGGACGCUGGGAUGAGUGUACCCUACUCGUCUCUGGUGCCCCUGAACCACAUGCACCUCGCCUACCUGACCCAUCUUCUCUCCCUCCCUCCCCUUCCCUCAGCCUCGUCGUCCAGCACAUCCCUACCCCAAGGCAUCUCAGCCGAAGGUAUACAAUCCCGCCUGUCCAAAGCAGACCUCACCGGCCUCUCCAUCUCCGUCCUCUCUGCCCGCAAUCCCUCAUUGCACGGCAUCACCGGAAUCGUCAUCGAAGAGACCUCCUCCACCUUCCGGCUCGUCCCUCCCGACUCGCGCGUCCGCGUCAUUCCCAAAUCCGGAACACUCUUCGAAGUCCUCAUACCCGCAUACGCACCGCCAGGCUUCGAGGCCUCUGGCGAGCUCUACGAAGCAGAAGGAGGCGAGAGGCCCGGCCCGGUAGACUGGGAGAAACACCUGGAGGUCUGCCCGAGAAUCAGGGUGUUGUUGCUAGGGACGGCGUUUGGGUUCCGAUCGGGCGAUAGGGCGGGGAGAAAGUUUAGGCCGGCGCAAGGACGAGGAGGGGGAAGUGGGUGGGGCGAGCAGUGGGUCCAGGGAGAAUGGGCGGGGGUGCUGGAGGGUGUGGAGAGGGAUAUUAAGGCAAGAAGCGGGGGUGUGGAGAAGGGGGACAAGUGGCAGAAGAAGGGAAAGAGGCAUAGGAAUAAGGGGAGGACCAAGGAUCCGCCAGCGUGGGGAAGGCUGGAAGUGACAUAA